UAUGGAUUCCAACUGAACCAUGCUAUCAUCGUUACACUCUGGACCACCGGAUGAAAAUGUAACAAGAUGCACACAAAACCUCACCACCACCCAUUGCAACCAGUCAGCAGCUCUCACACUCGUCUGCACAGAGCUGAACCAGAAAAUCUACGACUUCUACUGCGAGUCCAACUCCAGCGAGGACGGUUGGUAUCAUUGCGUCGGCUGCAACGUCAACUCUACCAAAGACCUCUUGGUGAGCUUCUUCUCGUCUAACCUCAGCGAUUUCAUUAUCAGAGUUCCAGAUGCUCGGUGCCAUCUGUCGAAUAAAAGUGACGAUGUGUUCUGGUCGUGUACGGAUAGUUCUGACAUUUCGUGGAGUAGGUUUCAUUAUGACUGGAGUUUUCUUUUCGUGGUGGUGUUCAUAACAGCUGGAGGACUGGGGAAUAUUCUUGUGUGCCUCGCGGUGUUGUUGGACAGGCGGCUGCAGAACGUUACGAACUACUUCUUGUUGUCGUUGGCCAUUGCCGAUUUGCUAGUGAGUUUAUUCGUUAUGCCGUUGGGAGCCAUACCUGGAUUUUUGGGUGAGUAA